AUGGCGGCGGCGGUGGGCGUUUCGGCGGCAGCUUCGGCCAUGGCGGCGGCGGAUUCGGCCAUGGCGGCGGCGGCUUCGGCCAUGGCGGCUUCGGCGGCGGCGGCUUCGGCCAUGGCGGCGGAUUUGGCGGCGGCUUCGGAGGCAGGGGCGGCUACCACGGCUAAGGCAACAGGCCCGACCACACGCCCACGGCUCCGGCGCGGCCCUACUGACGAAGGCUGCGGCGGCGGGGACGGCAGUGGAGUGGAUUAUGAUUACGGUGAAUGUGGGACUUUCGUGACCAAUAAAACAACCUGCAGGUGUCUCGUUGUGUUAUUUAUCUGUCUUAUUAGUGGCCGUGAAGGGCUAGAGGAGGCGGUGAAGGAGGUCACCUGA